AUGACGUUGGUGUCCUGGACCAGUGUUAUAUAUGGUGUACUACACCCUCCAACGUUACAUUCACAAGGGACCAGUGUUAUAUAUGGUGCACUACACCCUCCAACGUUACAUUCACAAGGAACCAGUGUUAUAUAUGGUGUACUACACCCUCCAACGUUACAUUCACAAGGGACCAGUGUUAUAUAUGGUGUACUACACCCUCCAAUGUUUCCUUCACAAGGGACCAGUGUUAUAUAUGGUGUACUACACCCGCCAACGUUACAUUCACAAGGUACCAGUGUUAUAUAUGGUGUACUACACCCGCCAACGUUACAUUCACAAGGUACCAGUGUUAUAUAUGGUGUACUACACCCGCCAACGUUACAUUCACAAGGUACCAGUGUUAUAUAUGAUGUACUACACCCUCUGACGUUACAUUCACAAGGGACCAGUGUUAUAUAUGGUGCACUACACCCUCCAACGUUACAUUCACAAGGUACCAGUGUUAUAUAUGAUGUACUACACCUUCCCAUGUUACAUUUACCAAGGACCUGUGUUAUAUAA